GAAAGCAUCUUGUUAUGUCACAGAGGGCGUCUUCAAAAAUGUAAUACCGAGUUUUGCAUGAACAAGUAUGAAUGUAAAGCAAAGUUAAUGUGUCGCAAGAGCAAGUUGCAUCACAAUAGAUUGUUAGAACUAAGACCACGUGCGGUAUAGAUCGUUCUUUCUCAACUUUUCUAGCCAUGGAAGCACACGCCAUCGCUUGUGGGCUCAGCCCGGAUUUCGUUCGUAGGAUCCAAGAUGCCAGAAUUGAAAUCGAGGACUUACCUCUAAACCUCCAGGAAGUGUACGGUCUUUUUAGCGACUUGCCGUUUAGAGACAGACGAAUGUUGCAAGAGUGCCUAUGCCAACCACCCAAGAGAGUCGACAAAAGAGAGAAAAGUCGACACCGAAAACAAAUAGAAUCAUGGAGAGAAUCGGAGCCAUCUCUGCCUUUGAUGGAAGGAAAAGAUCAGAGCGCACAAAAAGUCUUUUUCCAGAAUACCAAAACUAUUAUGUGCUUAUCGAAGAUAUGGCCUACUUGGUAAAGAAAAAGGUCAUAAAUAUUGACGAAUAUGUGACCAUUACCAAAAAAAGAUUCAGAGUUUUUGAAGCAGCUGCGGAAGCUAAAAUAGGUCACCAAAAUGCGGCCGAAAACAUCUUUACUCUGAUGGAACAUUUAUAUAGUGGCCCCGCUCUCCAAGCAGUGGCCAAAUUUGGCGAAGAUGGCAUUAAGGCAACCCAACGUCAG